GAUGCUAGCUUUAUCUCAAUAUACAAGUAUGUUCUACUGCUUGUAAACUAUACUUAGUACUUAUAUUAUAACACUACUUUACCUUACGCAGCGUUAUCUCACUAGCUGUGAAAAAUUAUGUUGAAAAAAAAAAAUUUAUACUCGCAAGAGAUGAAGCUCAGUAGAAGAGGUACUCAUUAUUCGGAAGUAGUAAGAAGCAGAAAUGCCACCAAAGAAACAACAACCUUCAGAUAAGAAUAAGGCUAAGGCCAAGGCCAAGUCGGCCGAAGAUAAGACAUUUGGAAUGAAAAAUAAAAAUAAAUCAAAGAAAGUACAACAACAUAUUAGUCAAGUUAAAGCAGGAAUUGAUGGAGGUUUAGCUAAAAAGAAAGAAGAAGAAGCUAAAAGGAAAGCAGCAGAAAAGAAAGCAGCAGAAGAUGCUAAAAAGGAAGCAGCUGCAUUAUUUGGAAUUCAACAACAAAAAGUUCCCUUUGGAGUUGAUCCAAAAUCAAUAUUUUGUGAAUUUUUUAAACAAGGACUUUGUACAAAGGGUAAUAAAUGUAAAUUCUCUCAUGAUCCAAAUGUUGGAAGAAAAGUUGCUAAAAAGGAUUUAUAUACUGAUGCAAGAGUAGAAAAGGAAGAAGAUACUAUGGAUAAUUGGGAUGAAGAAAAAUUAAGAAAAGUUAUUUCUUCAAAGCAUGGAAAUCCAAUAACUACAACAGAUAUUAUUUGUAAAUAUUUUAUUGAUGCUGUUGAAAAUGGUAAAUAUGGUUGGUUUUGGGUAUGUCCAAAUGGUGGGAAUGAAUGUAAAUAUAGACAUUCAUUACCAGCAGGAUUUGUUUUAAAAACAAAAGAACAAAAGAGAUUAGAAAGAAUAGCAGCUGAAUCAGAACCUCAAAUUACUUUAGAAGAAUUUAUUGAAUUAGAAAGAGGUAAAUUAGAUAAAUCUAAAUUUCAUCCAAUUACAAUUGAAUCAUUUAAUGAAUGGAAGAAAAAAGUUCAAGCUAAAAGAGAUGAUGAUAGAAGGAAAGAUGGGAAAUCUGGAAAGAGACCACUUACUGGUAAAGAAGUCAUUUUACAGAAAUUCUCUGAUAAAUAUUAUACUGAAGAAGAUGAUGGAACUGAACAAUUUGAUUUAUCUGCUUUUAAGAAAGAUUUACCUGAUGAAGAUGAUCAAAAUAUUAAGGAUUAUGGUGAUGGAUCUCAUGUAACUGAAUUUUAUCAACAAGAAAUUGAAUCAAAAUCUGAAUCAAAUUCAAAUAAAUCUGAAUUAGAUAAUGAACAAGUAACUACAACUGAAAUUGAAAUUGAAACAUCUAGCUAAAUUUAUUAUUGGUGAUACCUUCCCUCAUACUUUGCAUCUACAUUAUGUAUAUUAU